AUGCCUCUGCCUGUCCUGGCGCUGCUCCUCCUGGGGGCUUCUCGGGUGCCCACUCUGCCAGCAGCAGGGUCCCCCGGCGGGGCCUGGGCCCCCGGCCGCUGCAGCAGCCCCCGGGAGUCCGCGUGCAACUUCGUGUGUGACUGCGGUGACUGCGCGGACGAGGCGCAGUGCGGCUACAGCGGGGCCGCGCCCGGCCCGGGCGCCCCCUUCACCUGCGACUUCGAGCGUGACCCCUGCGGCUGGCAGGACGUCAGCACCUCGGGCUACCGGUGGCUCCGGGACCGGGCGGGGGCUGUGCCCCAGGGCCCCGGGACCCGCUCCGACCACACGCUGGGCACUGACCUGGGCUGGUACAUGGCCGUGGGCACCCACCGGGGCAAGGCGGCGGCCACCGCGGCCCUGCGCUCCCCGGUCCUGCGCGAGGCGGCAGCCACCUGUGAGCUGCGGCUCUGGUACCUGGCGCCCGCUGGAGAUGUGGCCGAGCUGCGGCUGGAGCUGACCCACAGCACGGAGACGCUGACCCUGUGGCGCAGUGCUGGGCCCUGGCACCCCGGCUGGCAGGAGCUGGCCGUCAGCACCGGCCGCGUCCCAGGGGACUUCCAAGUGACCUUCUCCGCCAUCCGGAACGCCACCCACCGGGGGGCCGUGGUCCUGGACGACGUCGAGUUCUGGGACUGUGGGCUGCCCACCCCGCAGGCCAGCUGCCCCCUGGGGCACCGCCACUGUGGGAACCAGGCCUGCGUGGACGCCCCGCAGCUGUGUGACGCGGAAGACGACUGCGGGGACGGCUCUGACGAGGGCCCGCUAGUCUGUGGCCACCACAUGGCCACCGACUUCGAGGCCGGCCUGGGCCUGUGGAGCAGCGCUGAGGGCUGGGCGCGGAACCGCAGCUCGGACGGCCCCCAGCACCCUGCCUGGCCCCUGCGAGACCACAGCAGGAACAGCCCGAAGGGCACCUUCCUGGUGUCCGUGGCCGAGCCUGGCGCCCCUGCCGUCCUCUCCAGCCCCGAGCUGCAGGCCUCCCACAACUGCUCGCUGGUCUUCUACCUGUACCUGCACGGCGCCGAGACGGGCUCCCUCCAGCUGUUCCUGCAGGCCAGUGGCCCUGGUGCGCCCCAGGCCCCCAGUGUGCUGCGGACACGCCGCGGGGAGCUGGGGGCAGCCUGGGUCCGAGACCGCGUGGACGUCUGCAGCGCCCACCCCUUCCGCAUCCUCCUGGCCGGGCAGUCAGGCCCGGGGGGCGUUGUGGGCCUGGACGACCUGGUCCUGUCUGACGGCUGCAAACCAGUGCCAGAGACCAGGCCCCUGGGGCCCCGGGUUCCACCCCCACAGCUGUCCCGCCUGCAGCCCAGAGACCCGUGCACGCCAGGGCACCUGUCCUGCGGGGACCUGUGUGUGCCCCCGGAGCAGCUGUGUGACUUCCAGACACAGUGCCCGGAGGGCGAGGACGAGCAGGGCUGUGGCACCACGGACUUCGAGUCCCCCGCGGCAGGGGGCUGGGGGGACGUCAGUGUGGGGCGGCUGCAGUGGCAGCGGCUCCCCGCCCAGGACAGCCAAGGGCCUGGCACGGAUGCCAGCGGGGCUGCUGCCGGGCACUUCCUGUCUCUGCAGAGGGCCUGGGGGCAGCGCAGGGCCCCUGCCCGGCUCCUCUCGCCCACCCUGGGCCCCUCAGGCCCCCGCUGUGAGCUCCACCUGGCCUACUCUUUCCAGAGUCACCCCCGAGGCUUCCUGGCGCUGGCUGUGCUGGAGGGCGGCUCCCGCGAGCUGGUGUGGCAGGCCCCGAGCAGCGGCGGGCGCUGGACGGCAGGCAAGGUCCUCCUCGGGGCCCGGCGCCGGCCCUUCCGGCUGGAGUUUGCCGGCCUGGUGGACUUGGACGGCCCUGGCCAGCAGGGGGCGGGGCUGGAUGACAUAACCAUGAGGGACUGCAGCGCCACGGCGACCACGGAGGAGGACAGAGAGGUCUCCUGCAACUUUGAGCGGGACUCCUGCGGCUGGCACCCUGGACACCACACAGACGCCCACUGGCACCGGGCCCAGAGCCAAGGCCCUGGCUACGACCACACCACCGGCCAGGGCUUCUUCAUGCUCCUGGACCCCACAGAUCCCCCGGCCCGGGGCCGCGGCGCCCACCUGCUCACAGGGCCACAGGUGCCCACGGCCCCGGUGGAGUGCCUCAGCUUCUGGUACCACCUCUAUGGGCCGCAGAUCGGGACACUGCGCCUGGCUGUGAGGCGGGACGGGGAGGACACGCAGCUGUGGUCCCAAUCCGGCACCCACGGCAACCGCUGGCACGAGGCCUGGGCCACCCUUCAGCACCCGCCGGACCCUGGUGCCAAGUACCAGCUGCUGUUCGAGGGCCUUCGUGACGGGUACCAGGGCACCAUGGCGCUGGACGACGUGGCCCUGCGGCCGGGCCCCUGCUGGGCCCCCAAGCGCUGCUCCUUCGAGGACUCUGUCUGCGGCUUCUCCACGGCUGGGCAGAGCGAGUGGCGGCGCCAGGCCAGUGCCUCGGGCCACGCCUGGGGCCCCAGCACGGACCACACCACUGGCACAGCCCAAGGUCACUACAUGCUGGUGGACACGAGCCGCCAGGCCCUGCCCCCAGGCCACACGGCCUCCCUGGUCUCGGAGCAGCACCGGCCCCUGGCCCAGCCAGCCUGUCUGAGCUUCUGGUACCACCUGAGCCUGCGCAGCCCAGGCACCCUGCGGGUCCACGUGGAGGAGGGCGGGAGGCGCCAGGUCUUCAGCGUGAGCGCCUACGGAGGGUUCACCUGGCGCCUGGGCCGUGUGGACGUGCGAGCCGAGUGCACCUGGAAGGUGGUCUUCGAGGCCGUGGCCACGGGUGCGAAGCACUCCUACGUAGCACUGGACGACCUGCUCCUCCAAGACGGGCCCUGCCCGCAGCCAGGGUCCUGCGACUUCGAGUCCGGCCUGUGUGGCUGGAGCCACCUGGCCUGGCCCAGCCUGGGUGGGCACAGCUGGGAUUGGAGCAGCGCUGCCACCCCCUCCCGCUACCCCCAGCCCCUCACGGACCACACCCUGGGCACAGAGGCAGGCCACUUUGCCUUCUUUGAAACUGGAGUGCUGGGGGCCGGGGGCCGGGCGGCCUGGCUGCGCAGUGAGCCCCUGCCGGCCACCGAGGCCUCCUGCUUGCGCUUCUGGUACUACCUGGGCUUCCCCGAGCACUUCUACAAGGGGGAGCUGAGAGUGCUCCUGAGCAGCCCCCAGGGCCAGCUGGCCGUGUGGGGCCAGCAGGGGCACCUGCGGCAGCAGUGGCAGCAGGCCCAGCUCAACGUGGUCAGCGCCCAGGAGUUCCAGAUGGUGUUUGAAGCCACCACGGACGGCCAGCCAGCCGCGGGGCCCAUCGCCCUGGACGACGUCCAGUACCUGGAAGGGCAGCCUUGCCAGGAGCCUGCGCUUGGCCAGGGGGACACAGCGAUGCCCACCCUGGUGCCGGCCGUGGUCGGGGGGGCCCUGCUCUUCUUCCUGCUCCUGGUGCUGCUGGGGCUCGGGGGGCUGCACUGGCUGUGCAGGAAGGGCAUGUGCCCCCUGGGCGGCCACUCAGACUCCAGCACCGCGGGCGCCGGGGCCACGCUGCCCGAGGCCACGGGCUCCGCGGCAGAGGCCUCCAACUUUGCCAACAUCCUCUUCAACCAGGACCACAUCACCCUGCCAGCAAACCUCAACCCGUGACCGCCCCCAAGGCCGGAGCUCCUCCCCCGUGGACUGGACACCACCCCUCCCCCCUGCCCGUGAAUAAACACCCUGUGCCCGA